GGCUCAGAGCGUUGUCGCCGCCCUCCAGAAAUUCAAGUGUAAGCAUCGCUGCGUUCCAUUGCUUUUUUACCUCGAUUACGGAGCAAAACGUUCCUUAUCCAGAGAGAACACGGAGUAAAGGAAACUCCGCCCGUUUACCACGGUGAUCCCGCAAAACUUUCACAAGGAAAUACAGAUCCGUCUUCGGAGACCAAGUCAGGACUGAAUUCACGGUCAGCCGUCGUUGCGUGUUUUGCCCCCAUCCAUUCGCCUUCCAAACCACCCCAUUCGGCUACAACAGCAGUAGAGGCGACGCUUCUGCUCCCAAUUCCACAACCAAUCUAAAAACCCAGAACAACACCGGCGAAGACGCCCCCUUCAUCCCUUGGUCAGGGCCCCUUUCAGCGUCCCAGUGUCAAGAGAUGUCCGCCGCUCAGGUUUCCUCCGCCACCAGCGCUCCUCGAACUAUCGAGAAGAAACCCGUCAAGUUCAGCAACUUGCUGCUUGGCGCCGGUUUGAACUUGUUCGAGGUCACCACGCUGGGACAGCCGCUGGAAGUGAUCAAGACAACCAUGGCUGCCAACAGAAACGAUAGCUUUGCGGGAGCCAUGGGGCGGAUUUGGGGUCGUGGCGGUGUUCUCGGCUAUUUUCAAGGACUCAUUCCGUGGGCCUGGAUUGAGGCAUCGACCAAAGGUGCUGUCCUCCUCUUCGUGGCAUCGGAAGCCGAAUAUCACGCGAAGACUUUCGGUGCAUCUGAUUUUAUUGCGGGAAUCGGCGGAGGUAUGGCAGGCGGUGUCGCUCAGGCAUACGCAACCAUGGGUUUCUGCACUUGCAUGAAGACGGUAGAGAUCACCAAGCAUAAGAUGGCUGCGGCUGGCGUAAAGCCUCCCAGCACCUUCGCUACUUUCAUGGAUAUCUAUCGCCGUGAAGGUAUUCGCGGAAUCAACAGGGGAGUCAAUGCGGUCGCCAUCCGCCAGACUACCAACUGGGGUUCACGAUUCGGCUUGUCUCGAUUGGCUGAAAGCGCGAUCCGCAGAGUUACUGGCAAAGAAGACGGCCAGAAACUCAGCGGUUUCGAAAAGGUUAUUGCUAGCGGUCUGGGUGGCGGUCUGUCAGCCUGGAACCAGCCUAUCGAGGUUAUUCGAGUUGAGAUGCAGAGCAAGACCGAAGAUCCCAACCGCCCCAAGAACUUGACCGUGGGUAAAACCUUGAAAUACAUCUAUAGCACCAAUGGAGUCAAGGGAUUGUACCGAGGUGUGACUCCUCGCAUCGGUCUCGGUAUUUGGCAGACAGUCUGCAUGGUCGCUCUCGGUGAUAUGGCUAAGGAAGCUGUCGAGAAGUUGACCGGUGACAAGGUCACUGCCAAACACUAGGCACGAAGCUAUAAACUAAUAUCUUGGGCCUUGUGCGACGCGUCGCCAUUUCAAUCCUUGCUUUUACUCGUUAAACACAAGUGUUUGCAUAGAAUAACCGUGUGUGUUUUAUAAUCUGACGAAAUUCUCUAGAUUACAUACACUGCCUGUAUUGUAGUCUUUUUUUUAAUGACUUGUGUCUUACCAAAUACAAUACUUAUACCAUAUUGGAUCAAUUGAGCCAG